CGGCGGCAGCAGCAGGUGGCGGCGGUGCCCAGCCGCCCGCCGGAACGCGGCCAGCGCCACCCGGCUCUGCCCGUCGGGGCCGGGCUCCUGGAGGGCUACAUCAGCGUCCUGGAGCACAAGCCGUUAAAGAUGCACUGCAAGAGCUGCGCGCUGGUCACCAGCUCAGGACACCUCCUGGGGAGCAGCCAAGGGGACAGAAUCGACGAGAGCGAGUGCGUCAUACGCAUGAACGAUGCCCCCACUCGGGGAUAUGGAAAAGACGUUGGGAACAAAACGAGCCUGCGAGUCAUUGCACACUCCAGCAUUCAGAGGAUUCUGAGAAAUCGCAACGAACUCUUAAACAUGAGCCAUGGUGCCGUGUUCAUCUUCUGGGGCCCGAGCAGCUACAUGAGGAGAGAUGGCAAAGGCUUGGUGUACAAUAACCUGCAGCUGAUGAACCAGAUACUGCCUCAGUUAAAAGUGUAUAUGAUUUCUCGCCACAAGAUGCUUCAAUUUGAUGACCUUUUUAAACGGGAGACUGGAAAAGACAGGAAGAUAUCCAACACUUGGCUUAGCACGGGCUGGUUCACAAUGACUAUCGCAUUAGAGCUCUGUGACAGGAUAAAUGUUUAUGGCAUGGUGCCACCGGAUUUCUGCAGGGAUCCUAAUCAUCUUUCAGUACCUUAUCACUACUAUGAACCUCUGGGACCAGACGAGUGCACAAUGUACAUUUCCCACGAGCGGGGCCGCAAGGGCAGCCACCACCGCUUCAUCACCGAGAAACGCGUCUUCGAGAACUGGGCACGGACAUUCGACAUCCACUUCUUCCAGCCAGACUGGAAACCAGAACCGCUCACUGUAACCCACCCCGAGGUGAAACCACUGGCCUGAGGGAUGGAUGCACAAGCCCAGCCACAGUCACCUCCGUAGCAGCCUCUGGACCCUGUGGGCCAGCACGGCAGCCUGGAGGAGAAGGGAACAGGGUCUGCAGCUGGCACCCGCAGCAGCGUCAGGAAGUUGGCACGGACGAGCAGCACGCACCAAGAGUACUUUCUGUUAAACUGUAUUAACCCAGUCUGCCACCUUUUGGGGCCAUCUGACUUCCUGUGUGUUUGUGAUUUGUGAAACACAACCUGAGUGUCAUUAAGGGAUGGUUAAUUCAUUAUGGCUUUUUUAAGUACGAUGCCACUGAAUUUUCAUAGUGAAAACUUUCCAUAUUUAUUUAAUGGAGGUUUUUAUGCAACCUAGGCCAGUAUUUUUCUAAGUCACAGUUAUGUGGUUGUUUAUCUUUCAUAAUCUUUUAAAUCCAAAAUUAAUAUUGCUGAUGGUUUGAAAGGCCUAGCUUUUUAUUUAUAAAACUUGUUUGAAAUAUAUAAUUCUAUAUAGCAUGUUAUUAAUAUUUGAUCGGGAAACAUUGGAUUUCUUCUAAGAAUUUUGGGCUCUGUUCCAGCCUAAAGCCUUUAACAGCAAGAGUGGUCCCAUGUGCAGAUCCAGCUCACUUUGCAUUCUGAAAUCUUAUAUUAAUAUGAAAAUGGUAGUGAAAAUUCUGUUUGAUAUUAAUGUGCACUUGGUGCUGUGCUAUCCAGCUGCUGUUUUUUAAAUAGGGGUGGGAGGAAGGAGGGCAAACAAAAUUUAUCCAAAAAAAGCCAAACCCCCCCACCGGCCAUGGCAGCAGCUUCUCACUGAAGACAAGCUAAGGCUGGAGGGGUUGUGUUCUGUUUUGGCUCUUACAUUCCCAUAAGAGGCUGCCAGCAACCCUUCUGAGGCAACAGACUACAAACCAGGCCACAGCUGCUCAACACAAUCUGACCAAAUUUCCAGAAUGAAGAAAGUAAACCACCAGUACUACAGUACCAGUCAUAGUAGCCAGAAAGAUCACAGCACUGCACCUGCAAAAAUCUCUGCCUUCCACUGUCCCAAGAUCAUCACUGAUCUCAGAGAUUCUGGAUCACACCGAAGCUGGGAUGUGAAAAGCGUUCCAUGAGUACAAAAUUGUCCUCCUGAAAGGAGCAAAGUUAAACUGCUUUUUUUCCCAUGGAGUACCUAUGUGUGCAUGGUGAGUCCCUGCAAGACAAAGGGGAAGGACAAUGCUCAUGCUGUGUAUGGAACCUCACAAUGGGAAUUACUGAGUUACAUGUGGCUUGUGAAUAAAGAAGAUUUCAGUUACAGUA